AUUCAAUUUAAUAAAAGCAUGUUAUCCAACCAUAUUUUGGUAAUGCAUACCGCCAAGAAGCUAUUGAAUCUGCAGAAUGUGCAGCUGUGUGUGACUCUGACUGAGUGAUGAUGACAUCAGCAAGAGGAGGAAGACCCUCUUCGAGUUCAGCACCAACCUAUUCAUGGGCGCCGACAACGUUUGUGUCAGCAUCGGGCAAGAGGAUACAUAGGGAGAUGGUGGAGCUCAACAACGACCCUCCUCCACACUGCUCUGCCACCAUCAUUGGCCCCCUGGUCUGCUCUGCUAUGCUAUGCUAUUUCAAUUCAAUAUCUUUCAUUUCAAUAACCAUUCAAAUCUUAAAUCCAUAUCUGCUCCCUCUCUCUCUCUCUUUCACUUGUCUACAGGAACUGCAUACCAAGGUGGCAUAUUUUUCCUUGACAUCAUAUUUCUUUCUGAUUAUCCCUUCAACCCUCCCCAGGUAGUAUUCAAAACUCGCAUUUACCACUGCAAUGUUGACACUGAUGGCCAUGUUAGUCUCGGAAUGUUGAAGGAUGGUUGGAGUCCAGCACUAACCAUUACCAAAGUGCUAACUGCAAUUAGAUCACUUUUGACAAAUAAUCCUGACCCUUAUAAAGCUGUUGUCCCUGGCAUUGCUCACUUGUAUUUAGAAAACAAAGCAAAACAUGAUAUUGUUGCUGGAGAGUGGACUGCUCGAUUUGCCAAGUGAAUUGUUCAAGCCUUUUAACUCCUUCUUUUGUAUCAUGUUCUUUAAUGAUGUCUAUAUGUGAAUACUAGUUCAUACUUGUAUCUCCUUCUCACUAGCUUCAGUAAUAACAUAAGCAAGAUGAUGUUAUUCUCGAACUUAAUCUAUGUUUUCAAUUUGUGAUUAGCAAUCAAUCUACUACUUGUCAACCUCAAUCAUCAUAUGGAAUGUUAUGUAUUCACAUAGUGUCUAGUAUAUUGAG